AUGAACUUGUGCCAGUUUUUGGCUGAUUGGCUGUGUUGCACCUCAAACUACAACUGUUAUAAGUAUAAGUUACGAGACAGUCCGCAGUCGAGACCUGUCGGACGUCGGGCUCGGGCGCCGGGUGGCCAUGUUUUCCGUUCACCGUGCGCCGUCAGGUCGCCUAACGCCGGCGUGCUGCCGCUAGUGACGUUUGUGGGCCCGACGUCGAAAUUCGCCGCCGCCGAUUCGUCGCUGCUCUGGCUAUCGGUCAUAUCGCUUUGCCUGAUCAUUCGCUCAGUGGCGGUUCCACGGCCAACGCUGGACCUAUGCGGCAGAAGGCGCCACCGACUGCCGAUUGGCCAGUUUUUCUGUCAGUGUGAGACACAGGCGAUCGUGGAAAUCGCUCUGUCCGUUUGUGGCGGAGGACGUUUCUGA